AAUUGGUUUUCUUAAUUCACUUAUUUAAGCGCAGAUGAGCUAUCAUUAUUUUUAGAAAUAUACUACAAAUUUAUUUUAAACAUUUUCAAUCAUUUGAUGUCGCGCAGGAAUUCGUUUUUGGACUGUUCAUUACAGUGUCACUGGAUCCCUUGUUGCAAGAGGUCAGCCAGCCCAAGCAAUUCAGAUUUGUCUAUAAUAUCGGGAGCAGGCGACGGCGAAAUGGCGCCCGCAGUUCAGAUCCGAAAACCCGCGCCUGAUUUCACGGCGACUGCAUUCUAUGACAACCAAUUCAAAAAAGUGACGAACAAGGACUACCUGGGCAAAUACUUGAUUCUGUUCUUCUAUCCGAGUGACUUCACUUUCGUCUGUCCAACUGAGAUUAUCGCAUUCAGCGACCGCAUCAAAGAAUUCAAGGAAAAUAAUUGCGAAGUGGUUGCCUGUUCGACUGACUCGGAGUACUGUCACAGGGCGUGGGUCAUGACAGACCGGAAGAAGGGGGGUCUGGAAAAGAUCAACUUCCCCAUUCUGGCAGACACUACCCUCGAAAUAUCCUCCAGGUAUGGCGUGUUGAUCAAAGAGGAGGGCGUCGCGUUCCGAGGUCUGUUCAUCAUCAACGAGAAGGGCAUCGUUCGUCAUAUGAGCGUGAAUGAUACACCUGUGGGGCGAAGUGUGGACGAGGCACUCCGAUUGGUGCAGGGAUUCCAGUACACUGACAAACACGGAGAGGUGUGUCCAGUGAACUGGAAGCCAGGCAAGAAAGCGAUUGUGAUCGAUUCAAACAUAACGGAGCGGAUCAGAAAUGCCAAUUGCGAAUAAACACUCAAACAUUUGCGGGAAUAUUAAACAUGUUGACAUCGGAGAUGAAAGGAACAUAUAGUUUACAAAUGCCCUUUACUACCCUUUUUGGAGCACCCCCACCCCUCCCCCGCCCCUCUGGAGAAUAAAAGUUAAUCAUUCGGAAAUGAAAAGAUUGCUGUACUUCCUAAAUGCCCCCAAUACGUGCGCUUCAAAGCGGAGAUUGUAAAGUAGAUCCGAUUAUAGUCAAAUCAUGUUACAGAAUCUUAAAUGAGUGUUAGCUACAAAGAUAUAUGAGCUGAAUAUCUGACCUAAAUAUAUGACAGUAAAAAAAUUAAAGCUAAGUUUAAAAAGA